AUGAUAAUUAUAAGCAUCAUUGACAAUGAUGAUAAUGGUGAUAAUGAUGAUGAUGUUACAAGCUAUACAUCAUCGAAUAAUUCAUCUGAAACAAAAUUAAUCAAAUCAUCACAACAUAGAACAAAGUCACGUAGAUCAGUUAGCGCUGAUACAAGAAGAGAUAUCAAUGAUGCUAAAAGUAAUAGAUCAAAACAAUCAGUAAUGAAUAAUAACAAUCAAAUAUCAUUAUUAAUGAAUAGACGACAAUAUAUUGUUAAGCCAAUAGUUGGCACAAAUAACAUUAGGAAUUAUUAUCGAAAUAAUUAUUAUUCAUGUUCGGAUAGUUAUGAAAAUGAUCAUAAUGGUAUAAUGAAUGAUACAAUAAUGGGUAAAAAACAUCUUAUCACUACAUUACAACAUGCUAAUGACACAGAUAAUUAUGUACCAAAAGCUGAAGAAGAUAGUUUUCAAGAUAGAUCAUUUUCUAUUAUAAAUGAAAAGAGUCGGUUGAAUAAUUCAAAUGGGUUGAUUUCAUCAGAUCAAGAAAACGGUAAGAGGAUGUUGAUGAUGAUGAUGAUGAUGAUGAUGAUGAUGACGAUGAUGAUGAUGAUGAUGAUGUAA